AUGCCACGACUUCGUUUCAUCUUUAACAUAGUCAAAUUCUUGCGACUUCCCCUGCAUUUCUUUGGGCUUCUUCAGCUGAGAUAUAGUAAAUCUCGGAAAGUGUAUCAACAAAGAGCGAAUUUCUGCAGAUUUUUACCUGCCAUUCUAAUUUCGCUGAUUCUGUUUUUCCAUAAGCUUUUCAGCAAUCUGUGGGAGAGGGAGAAUAAACUGGUAAACUCCCUAAAUAUUGAAAAGAGACCUUUAAGAAGUGGAAUCGAACUAUGGAACGAAAACCUAACGAGCAUCUUUAUUUUUGUGACACUUAUCUGGUCCUUAGUCAGAAAGAAUCAGCUGUGGAAAAUAAUAGAUCAUGCUCAAUCUUCCUAUAAAGAACUAAAGACCCUAAUGGGGAAAAAUUUAAUCCUGGAAUGCUCCUGGCACGUUUGUAUCUAUGGAAUACUUCUACUAAUUUUACUAACUACAUUUGGAGUAAAUAUAAUAUUUUUCAACUGGCCAAAAAUGACUGGUGAACACAAAAUUAUAACUCUCACAAAAAUAUUUGAUGUUUCUAAUUACGUAAUGGGCCUACCCCGAUUUACCUUUGUCCUAAUUAUGGCGCUGCAUAUAGUAUAUCAUCUGAUUAGUGCUGGAUGGCUCCGAGCCCUAAACAAGUUAAGACUGCAACGAAAUCUUAAAAUGUAUCAGUUUCAGCUGCGAAAUAUGUUUUCUUUAAAAACAAAAAUGAAUAUUUUGGCUGGUCACUAUUUUAAAAUAUCUUACAUAUGCUACUUGCUUAUGGUAGCAUUUCAGAUAGUUGAAUUUCUGCAGUUCUUUCGUUUUGAUUCAAAUGAACUUGUGCAAAGGCAAAAAAGCCAAGAAGAUCUGGAUGAUGAAGCCGAUUGGGAGGGCCAAGAAAGCGAGCUAAAUUCCAGGGAUCCACAGACGAAAACUUGGCUUAUAUUAUCCUGGCAUCUGGCCUUGUGGAUGUUGCUUCUUGCAGCAGCUUAUAAACAGCAGGAUGAGUAUUCAAACAUGAUGAGAAAAUGCUGGAACUAUAAAUUGAAUGAUAAGGGUUGCGAAAUAAAAGAUUUUCUUGCGCAAAAUUCCUGGAAGGGUCAUACAUUCAAAGAAUUGGAUAUUCUGGACUUCAUGUUCCUUUCAGAAGUUCCUAUUUGCGACCGCCAACCUGUUUCCAUCUGCUUUAUGACCACCAAGUUGGCAAAGAAGAACCCAACCUACAUAAAUUUGGACAUAAUAGCUGGCCACUUCAAGCUCCUUUUAAAUCUGUUUUUUUCCGCCAGCAUUGUCUACUUUGUGCAGCAACUGGAACUCGGUCAUCUGCAGGAACACCUCAAACAGGAAUCAUAAUAAAGUUACGCAACUCAUCA